AUGGAGGACCUUUUUAUUGGAAAAAAGGACAGUUUUACGUGUGGUUUAGCUCAAGGAGGUGAUCAUAUUGGAGUGUUUUCAAUGUGUAGAUACAAUCCAGCAUUUAGAAGUGAAGAAAACUCUACAGAAGAAAAAAACAUUUCAGUGGAAUGGGAAAGUGAUGGUAUUGUUGACGUGGAAAAACUGUCCUCAAAUGAUUUGAUCAUCAUUGAGAGGUGUUGUAAAAUUGUUGUACAUGAAUUAGCUCAUAUGCAGCAGAUAGGACAUUGUGUGUAUUUUGAUUGUAUCAUGAAUGGUAGCGGAUGGUUAGAGGAAGAUUACCGUCAGUCCAUUCAUCUUUGCCCAGUAGAUUUACGAAAGUUUCAAACCCUCAUGAAUUUUGACAUUCUUGAAAGGUAUAAGGCCUUACUAAGAUUUUACAAGGAAUAUCACAUGAAUGAGGCUGCGCUGUGGGUGCAAGACAUGAUACAAUAUUUGACCACGAGUCAACAAGAAAACAAUGGCGAUGGUAGUAAUAAGGAACGGCCCGUCUCCCCUGUCAAUAGUUAUAAUUCCUCUUCCAAGAAAUCUAAAAUCAAGUAA